AUGACAAACACGUUCAUAAUCUAUCUAUCUAUCUAUCUAUCUAUCUAUCUAUCUAUCUAUCUAUCUAUACGGCAAUUUAUACAUCGCACGCUCUGUCGUGUCUCUGUCUGUCUAUCUAUCUAUCUAUCUAUCUAUCUAUCUAUCUAUCUAUCUAUCUAUCUAUCUCUUUACUCAAACAAACAAAAAUCCUUAUAUACAAUUAUGCUAAAUAUUUAUUAUACAUAUCUAUUUAUUAUUUUCCUCCUUGUAUUUAUUUACACUGGUUCCUUCGUAAUUUGUUCCUGUAAUUUUUUUCUUUCUUUCUUUUUUUAUUUAUUUAUUUUUCUUCUUUUCUUUUUUCUUUCUUUUUUGUUUGUUUCUUCUUCUUCUUCUUCUUCUUCUUCUUCUUCUUCUUCUUCUUCUUCUUCUUCUUCAAUAAUAAUAUUAUUUUAUUUUAUCGUCCUUUUGCUUCCCAUACUCAAAUAUUUCUAUCGUCCUUCAUCUUCCCAUAAAUAUCCAUACCACACUCCACCGACUAAUCUAUCUAUCUAUCUAUCUAUCUAUCUAUCUAUCUAUCUAUCUCACUGGUAG